AUGUUAACGGAUAUGAUAUCAACGAAGCUUUCACCUUCUCGUCCCCAAAACGAUUGGUGCGUGAAGCUCCAUGAGGAGCCUCUAAUUCAAAUCCACUCAGGUGAUCGGCGGAUGUCCAAGGGCCGCGCGGGGGCGGUGAUCUUCGAUGGCAGGCUGGAGAGCAUCUUGAUGGUGCAGUCCUUUCGCGGUUCCUUUUCCUUUCCUGCUGGGAAGCUGGAAGAUGAUGAGACAGAGGUGGAGUGUGCCAUCCGUGAAGUGCAAGAGGAGUUGGGCAUGGAUCUCUCGCAGCUCCUCAACGAAAGGCAGCAUGUGAAGGCGAUCUUGUCGGACAAAGAGCGACGGAUACCCAUGACAUUGUUUGUCAUCUCGACGCCUGAGAAGGUGCAGGUGAAGCCCAGCACGAAGAAGGAGAUUCAGAAGAUCGCAUGGAUCCAUGUGACGAAAUUACCCGGCUGGACCACUUCUACAACCAGCUCCAAGCUGCGGUUCUUCAACGUGGAGCCUUUCAUCCCCGAGCUCAAGCGCUGGGCGCGACGGAACGCCGAGGCGACGCUGGAUCCGGCGACGCAGACGUCCACGUCCUUGUCUCGUGAGGCCGGACUGAGUGCCGAUUGGCUGGACUUGGAGCGAGCCCUCAGCUGCUUCGACGCUGCUUGGGACGGAGCUUUGAAAACACGACGGAGCUUCGAAGCUGAAGUCAAUCGAGUUAAAGUACCAGGUAUGAUCUUCCUCGAACAGGCGACCUGUGGCCGGCCUCAGUGGUGGUCAACGCUGGCCAGUGUGCCUCUGGGCUUGAAUCCGCUCACGAACGUCCUGCUCAAGCGAAUCAUUCUUCAGAUGACAGAGAUACACGCAGGCAGGGACCGUACCCGAUACAUGCGCAAGACCACAUAUGCAGAGUUCAUCGUUGGAAUCAUGGUGGUGAUCAUUGCCAUUAGUGUAGCCGCGUGUGCUUCGAGCGGAGUGAGCAUUUUGAAUCCCGACUUUCUUCGCCCUGUUACAGUGGCCUUGACUCUCGCAAUCCUUGUCCUUGUGGUCCUUGACGGUGUCUUUUCGUGGUCAGCAUACACUGCUUUGCGCUCAGUUGUACGUGAUGUGCGGAUGGUUAUGCCAGCGCAAGAGGCUGGCAGAUUAAGCACCGCCAUGGCAGUUGCAAGAGCAAACCUUUGCCUGGUGGUGCUGGCAGUGCUGGGCACCAGCCUUUUCUAUGGCAUGUUUGUGGUCGGUGGUGUUGCCUUCCUUCUCUUCUACCAGGCAGGACCUGUGCAACAAAAUGAGGACUACUCGGACGCCCCAUUUGCGCUUGCGCUUGUGCCGUUGGUGAUCUGGUGUUUGGACAGCAUUUUCAACGAUGUGUGUGCUGUCUAUUUGGGCUGCGGCCCCACUCAGGCCGCACUGGAGUUGGUGACACAAGCCAGCCAAGUGGAUGCUGUGGGCAUGCCAGUGGCAGACACCGUGUCAGGUCAAGUGCUAGGAGCAUCGGUAGGAUCCCUACCGAAUGCUGUCGACACUGAGACAUGGAGAGCUCACAAGUGA